AUGAAAGUUCCAAAUGAAACAGCAAAAGAUGUCGUGAUACGAGAAGUGUUACCUGGAGGGGCGGGGCCUCCACCACCCGGAGGAUCAAAAGAGACGCCGACGCCACCACCCAUCGCCACACCGCCACAAGAGGAAAUCAAACCGAAAGAGAUUAUUGAUCUACCACCGACGGUUCAAAUGCCUUUGGAGAUCAAAUCUUGCAAAUUCUACCACGGAAUCAUUCCACGUGUCGACGCCGAGAUGACGCUGCGUUUCGUCGGAGACUAUCUGCUGAGACGGACGGAACCAAAGGAGGGAAUCGGUGGACAGUAUCUGGUGAUCUCAGUGAAAAGAGAAGGCGGAUAUGUGCAUGUUCCGUUGAGUCAGGAGAAAGAGGGCGGGAAACAAUUCUAUUUUAUGACCACCGUCAAGGAGAACACGGUUUUGGAUUUGAUUGAUGCGCAUUUAGCCCGUGGCCAACCAAUCUCUACCACAUGGAACGCCUAUCUCCGUAAACCCGUCAACCGAUCCACGUGGAUUAUCGCCCAUGAAGAUGUCAUACUAUACAAGAAAAUUGGCUCAGGAGCGUUCGGUGAAGUAUUUCUGGCGCGGAUGGUGGACCCAACAAGUGAAUACGUGUUGGAUUGUGCAGUGAAAAAGUUGAAGUUGGAAGCAACAAUGGAGGCGAAAUUACGGUUUAUGAAGGAGGCGAGAAUGAUGAGAAAGACGUAUAAACACAAGCAUGUCGUCAUGAUUUUCGGAAUCGCCACGUUGAAUAGCCCACUGUUGAUAUUGAUGGAAUUGUGUCCGAACGGCUCCCUUAUCUCCCAUCUCCGGAAAAACAAGGGAAGAGUGACCAUCCUCGAGAAGUUGAGAUUCUCAGCAGAAGCAUCUAGUGGACUCGCUUAUCUUGAGAAAAUGAAUUGCAUUCAUCGAGAUGUGGCGGCCAGGAAUUGUUUGUUGUCUUCGAAAAAUGAAAUCAAAAUAUCGGAUUUCGGACUGGCUGAUCAUAAGGGAAUGGCGAUUGAUCACUCGUUAGAUAAGCUCCCGAUCAAAUGGUUGGCUCCGGAAACGAUGCAAGACAAGAUUUAUUCGUUGAAAUCGGAUAUUUGGGCAUUUGGAAUCAUGAUAUGGGAAAUCUACUCAGACGGCGAGGAACCCUACCCAGGUCUCAGCAAUGUACAGACCCGUGCGAAGAUCGUUGUCCACGACUACCGUAUGAAAUUUCCCGAGGAAACACCGGUUGAAGUAGUGCAAGUGAUUGACACGUGUUGGAACAAGAAUCCGGAUAAACGACUGACAAUGGGAGCACACGCAAUGGCAAUGCAACAAAUUUAUGAGACGAAAAUUCCAUUAUUGAUUAAUCAAAUGAUGACGGCUCCACAGAAUCCAGUGGCUGGAACAAAUGGAUCGAUUCCGCCGGAGCAAGUUGCAAACUCUCCGCAACCGGAGCCCCAGGAGCCGUCGGCGUUCUUGCGGUGA